AUGCCUUGUAGCUGCUUCGGCAAGAAAGACAAGAAAUGCGGCGUGGCGGCCGAGGAAAAAUACCGUCCAAGGGACUCGAACUCUCGCGAGCGGGAACCGCCAUCGGUGGCGGCCCCUUCCCAGGCCCCGCCACCCGCCGCCACCCUGCCGCCGCAGCCGCCUCUCACGCCCACCGCGGGCGGAGACGCGCGCCUGCGGCCAGAGGACGACCCGGAUAAAGCCAAUCGUCGGAGAGAUGUUGUGGCUUCCUUCUACAGCGACCAGUGCGAGUUGAUAGGUUUUAAGGCGACAGGUUCGAGGCCUCCUUCAACACACGUGGGCAGCACCGUGGACGGCCCCGCUGCCACCUCGUCCCCGGCCGCGUCCUCGCCAGGCUCAACACGCUCGGCCGCCUCUUGCCGGGCCGAGCUGGCCGAGAAACGUCGAGAAUUCUUCAAGCAGCUGACGUUGGAGGACGACAACUCGUCGUGUGGGGGCGGUUCUCGGCCCAUCUCGCGGCUGACAGACCCGGGUUGCCACACCACCCCCCGCCACUCCCACUACCAGGACCCCCACCUCCACCACUCCCUCCCACACCCUCCAAAACCCACAGCCAGAGCCCUCAAGUAUUCCCUGCCUCUCACGCCCUCUCCUCCAGCGUCGGAGGAAACUCAACCGUUACUGCAACCAACCAACCAAGAAGACGACGAGGAGAUCACCGGCAGCCGCGAGGCUCCGCAGGUGCCUGCAGGAGCCUCUGAGCCUCCGGGGCAAGGCUGGGGGGUAGUGGAGGCGCCUGCCUGUGUAGUCGAGCCGCCCCAGGACAUUCCCCAGCAGACACACAGACCAGGUUCAUCAAGUUCCUCGUCUGCAGACCAAUCUUCGUCAGAAGUUGCCAGGGAGCCUCUGCUGCAGCUGUCUGCUGAGACUCUGGGCGAGGAUAGUGUGUGGCAGAGUCCAGAGCAGCGGGACGGAGAACCUCCAACUGGAGGUCGCUCACAGGAACUCAUUCGUGUGUCUUCGCCAACUGAUCUUUCGCAGUUGCUUGCAGGUGUUUCUCAUCCGGUGAUGGUGGACAUACCCACUGAUGAUAAGUCACAAGUGCUUGUAAGUGUCUCUACCACAGUGGUCGAAGAUUCUUCCACUUCAGAUAGAUCACUAGUUGAUGUAAGUGUGCCUAGUUCAGUGGUAAUUUUGAAUAGUUCAGAAGCUGUUAUAAGUGAGCAUCUGGCAGAGGGUGAGGCAGACACAGUGAACAUUGCACCAGCAGACACGGUGAACACUGCAGCAGCAGCAGACACAGUGAACACUGCAGCAGCAGAAGACAAAGUGAACACUGCAGCAGCAGAAGACAAAGUGAACACUGCAGCAGCAGCAGACACAUCUGACGACGAGCGUGUCGCAGAAGGUUCGUGUAUCCUUAUAGAUGACGCCUUCCCAGCACAGCCUCAAGAAGCAGCAGGAGCAGGAGGAGGAGGUAACAACCACACCUCCCCGUCACCACCACCACACCUGCAGCGCCACAACAGGCUGGCUGUUGAGGACGAACUUUCCCAGGGCAGCCACAUCUCGACCACACCCCAAGAGCUCCCGCCCGCGUCUACAGAUGAGGGCUAUGAUGAGGUGUCUCGCCAGACUGCACUCCACUCUGAUUUUCUCGACACUUCACAGCACGACACAGAGGUGAUGGUGGCAGACGCAGUAGUACGUCCAGAAUUAGAGGAGGUUGUACUGAACAAUCACCAAGAACCGGUACACCAGGCCUUGUCAUUCACUGUUGACCCCUAUUUCCUGACCUCUGCCGAAGAACCGGAAGAACUGCAGAUAGAUCACAUGUUGCAUCAGUCAGGGUCUCAGCUUGAAGAGAAACACCUGCCUAAACAACGCCCCCAGCUCCCGGAGGUCUCUCUACAACACCACAGUCAAGCCAAAUCCACGGUGGAAAUUGUGGAGUGUAUUCCCAAGGUGCCGCCGCCACUAGAGUCAACAUUACCAUUAGGGGCGGCCUCGUCCCACUUGAACACCAUCGAAGCUCCUUUGACAGCGACGACUCCGCAGGGCGAGGUGGAGCCUCUGCCACCCGCCCCACCCACUCCACCUUUCGAAGACGAACCUUUACCACCUCCGCCACCCACCCCACCCCUGUUAGAUGAACCCCUGCCGCCCGCACCGCCCACUCCACCCAUCUCAUCGGAACCUCGACUGCCACCAGCUACAUGCGGCACCACUCACUUGUCGUCGUCGGUGCUGGAAGACGACGGGCUUGGCUCCGAGAUCGACGACGCCCUCAGCUCCCUCGAGUGUCUGAGCGAAGAAGGUAAUAGGAACGAGCGAGCAGCAGCUUCAUAG